AUGGCAGUGUAUUUUGACCACCGUGUUGAGACUCCUGAAAAUUGUGAGGAGCCCUCACAGUUGAUGUGGCACCCGGCUCUGUCCAUACUGGCUGUUGCCUCACGAAACACCACCACAGGGGGAAAUGUUAACAUCUACUUACAGCAGGGAGAAAAUGUGGAGAACUGCCGCGUCGAGCGUACUCACCUGGCCACGAUGCUUUGUUGGCAUCCUAUAAAGCCAGUUCUAGCUCUGGGAUGGGAGAAUGGUGAGGUGCUGCUUCUGUCGCACCCUUCCGGGGAUCAAAAUGUUCUGCCGAGCACGCACACGGCACGCAUCACACUGCUGGAGUGGAGUAGCUCGGGAAGCCGUUUGGUCACCGGGGACCAGAGUGGAGCUUUAGCUGUUUGGAAAGUAGAUGCCAGAGGGAGACUUCAAGGAUACUACCUAGUUAAGCAUACAUACAACUCCCCCAUCACUUACUGCAUAUUCAAACCUGCUUCACCUGGAGAUGACAUUAAAAUGCUGGCCCGUGCAUCAGUAAGUGGAGAUGAGAACGCUUUGGACAUGUUCAGCUGGAAAGGGGCGCCUCUAAAGAUGGGGCCACAGGAGGGCCUUGCAUUCUACGUCAGUACAGCAGAUGGCAAAGUACACAGUGUGGAUGAGCAUGGCAAAACAAACAUGCUCCUCAGUAUGGAUGGUGCCAUCAAGAAAAUGUUCUAUCUGGAGGCCAGAGCAGCACUUACCGUGAUCACUGAGACUAUGAUGCUGUCACAGUACACUCUGGGACCAGAGGGGGAGGCUCAGGAAUUCCAAAAGGUCAAGCUGAGCAGUAAGAGUGGACAAAGCGUCGACAUCGUGUGGGCGCAGAAUAGUCUCGUCGUCACAGCGUCGGGGGAGCAACACAUAAGGCUCUGGGAUCUGGAGCGAAAUGAGAACUAUGCCUUGUCUCUUGAUGAGACUUUGGGCUUUGAGCGCGGCGAGAUGGUCAACUGUGUUUCCUACUGUUUAGGGAAAGAAAUUCUAGCUGCUGGCACCAGUCACGGUCGGAUCGCAAUGUGGAAGAUGGCGCUGCAUCCAGAUCGCAGCAGAGGUGACACAAAAGCCCAGUGGAAACUACAGACACCCACGGAAAUAGAAGGAAACGUCAUUCAGCUGCAGUGGGGCUCCAGUCUGAAUCUGCUCGCGGCCAACAAUUCUAGCACGGUGGUGAUCCUGCACGAGCAUGUAAUGUCAGCCCACUGUAGCCAGCAGGUGGCAGCGGUGCAGUUGACGCCGACCCAGCUCAGUAUCACCCAAUUCCACACAGGACUCCACUUGGCCCUGCAGUCCGAAAUGCACAUCAAGGGGGUUUGUGUGACCAAGGAUUCUGCAACAGUUUGGAGUGGCAAACAGGUCACUGUGUUUGAGAUGUUGGGGGCAGCACUACACAAUAAAGGAUCAUUCCCUUGUGACUCCCAUGUAGUAGAUGUGCAUGGUGAAAACCUGUAUACGGUGGAACCUAACAGAGUCCAGAUCCGCACACCUCAGGGUACAGUAAAACAGCUGUUGACUUUCUCAAAAUCAGAAGGGAACCCAAUGCUCCUGAGUGUAUGUCAGUCUUACCUGGUAGUCGGCACAGACACAUCACAUAUCAGAGUAUUUGACCUCACGCGAAGAGAUGCCAAAGCUCACUGCAAUGCAAAGAACCUGACUGACCAGAUUCCUAAUCUGGGAGCCCUGCGUUCGGUUAAGUGUAAUGCCAAUGGCAGCCAAGUCAGCAUCUUGAUCACCCAGGUGAAUGGCCGACCUGACCAGAAAGUGUACUUCUAUGACAUUGAAAUGGACACUGUUACACACUUUGACUUCUUCACUGGCAGACCGUCCAGUGGUAUUUCACAACCUGAAGAUGGUGAAAGACAACAGUUUCAGGAGAGCGAGCUCAGCGGCCGAUGCCCUGUAUCUCACUUCUGGGACGAGAGUGAACCUCGACUCUUUGUGUGUGAGACUGUGCCAAUCAGCUCUGAAACCUCAUCCACGGGUUACUGGGACACGGUGGACGUGUCAGUGGUUACCCUCUUCUGUACUCAGGAACAUGGCCUCCUAUUGCAGGACUGCUACCCUAAACCAGCAGGCCUUCAAGCCCUCCUUGCUCUUGAUGUGCCUUACUAUUAUUUUAGCUGCAAGGAAGUUUCUGCCACAUCAGCACCAGCAAACCAGAGCCAACCAUCACGGGGAUCAGUUGCCCUCUUCCCCCAGAUGGUUUCAAGGCGAGCGCUCAGAGACUUCGAAGGCCUGGAGAACUGCGACAAGUCCACACGCGACGCCAUGCUCAACUUCAGCUUCUACCUCACCGUCGGCCACAUGGACGAAGCUUUCAAGUCCAUCAAACUCAUCAAGAGCAAAGCUGUUUGGGAAAACAUGGCGCGCAUGUGUGUGAAAACCCGCCGACUGGAUGUGGCCCGAGUGUGUCUUGGCAAUAUGGGAAAUGCCAGAGCAGCAAAAGCUCUAAAGGAGGCCGAAGCAGAGCCCGAGCCAGAGGCCCACAUAGCAGCACUGGCCAUUCAGCUUGGCAUGCUGGAGGAUGCUGAAAAGUUGUACAAGAGCUGUCAACGCUAUGACCUUCUCAACAAUCUCUAUCAGGCGGCUGGCCAAUGUGAGAAGGCGCUGGAAAUUGCUGAGAAUCAUGAUCGCAUCCACCUCCGCACCACCUACUACAAUUAUGCACGCUAUCUGGAAUCCAUGGGGGACAAGAGCUUGGCUCUGGCUAAUUAUGAAAAAUCCGAAACCCACCGAGUGGAUGUGCCCAGAAUGCUUCAGGAUGAUCCAACAACUUUGGAGGUCUAUGUUAAUAGAAUGAAAGACAAGAACCUCUACAAGUGGUGGGCCCAGUAUCUGGAGAGCCAGUCAGAAAUGGAUUCAGCUUUGGACUUCUAUGAGUCAGCUCAGGAUUACCUCUCCCUGGUUCGAGUUCACUGCUAUAUGGGGAACAUUCAGAAGGCAUGUGAAAUAGCCAUCGAUACAGGUGACAGGGCAGCGUCCUACCACCUGGCCAGGCACUACGAAAGUCACGAUGACAUCAAACAAGCGGUCCACUUCUACACACGAGCACAAGCCUAUAACAACGCCAUCCGACUUUGUAAGGAAAAUGGACUUGACGACCAAUUAAUGAACUUGGCUCUGCUUAGCAACCCUGAGGAUAUGAUGGAGGCUGCCUGUUACUAUGAGGAGAAAGGCAUCCACAUGGACCGCGCUGUUUCGCUCUACCAUAAAGCUGGUUACGUUUCCAAAGCCCUGGAAGUGGCCUUCGCUACAGAGCAGUUUGCAGCACUUCAGAUGGUUGCCGAGGAUCUGAAUGAAAGCUCGGAUCCUGCCCUCCUGGCACGCUGCUCUGAGUUCUUCAUUCAACACUCCCAGUUUAAAAGAGCUGUAGAACUGCUAAUUGCAGCCAAGAAGUACCCUCAGGCUCUGGAGUUGUGUGUAAAUGAGAACCUCACAAUCACAGAGGAGUUCGCUGAGAAAAUGACUGCAACAGAUUCCAAAGAUUUGUCCGAAGAGGCUCACAAGGAACUGCUGGAGAAGAUAGCCGAGUGCUGUGUGCGGCAGGGAAACUACCACUUGGCCUCCAAGAAAUUCACACAGGCCGGAAACAAGCACAAGGCAAUGAGGGCACUUCUCAAAUCAGGCGACACAGAAAGGAUCAUACUUUUUGCUAACGUUUGUCGUCAGAAGGAGCUUUUUAUCAUGGCCGCCAACUACCUCCAGUCUGUUGAUUGGAAAAAUCCGGAGAUAUUAAAGACCAUCAUUGCUUUUUACACCAAAGGGAGAGCACCACACCUGCUUGCUGGCUUCUAUGAAACCCGAGCACAGGUGGAAAUUGAUGACUAUCAGAGCUAUGAAAAGGCUUUGGAUGCUUUGAGUGAUGCGGUCAAAUGCCUCUCCAAAGUCAAAAACUCAGACGGACAACAUGAAGCCAAACUAGCUGAACUACAGCGUAAAAUCACCCUCAUUAAAAAGUUUUCCCACGCACGCAGGCUGAAAACAAAUAGCGAAAAUAGCGAGGAGGCACUGAGCAUAUGUGAAAGUUUACUGGAGGAGCCCGAAUUGGACGCUGCUGUCAGGGUCGGGGACGUGUUUGGUUUUGUGAUCGACCAUUACUGCCAGCACGGCAACUUCAAAGAGGCAUACACCAAGAUGCAAGAGCUCCAAAAAGUGAUACCCGCACAAAAUAUCAAAUACUACGUCAAGCAGGCUAGUCUGGAUGGCCUGCAAAAACACAUGGGCUUCAUUAUGAAUUCUGGGGACCAUAAACACAACGAAAAAGAGGACGAUGAAGUGGAAGAGGAUUUGAAUAUUCCCUAA